GAGAAUUUACUCAUCUUUUUUUCAAAUAAAAUAAUACACUCUCUCUUAUAUAUAAGUAUCCAAACACAAGAACUAAAACCAACAACUAUCAUUAUCAACAAAACAAAGAACAUAUAUUUUGAAGCAUGGUGGUUGCUAGAGACGGUUCAUCAUCUCCUUUGGAAGAAUCCAAUGGCACGACGAUACCUCUCUCCAAUCUCUCAUACGAUUCCUUUGUCAAUGUUGACAGGGGUGAUCCAGUGGGAUUCAGGAAAUUCUGGGAGAAAUUGAGUGAAGAAGCAAAAGUGGAGAUUAAAGGAGAUGAAGUAAUGAGUUACUUUGGUGAUAAAAACUUGUGUUGGUACAUGUUACCACAAAUGAGGAAUGCAAUAUUGAGGCUUCACAAAGUGGUUGGGAAUGCAAACACAGAAGAUAAGUAUAUAGUGUUAGGGACUGGUUCUUCUCAUCUUUACCUUUCUCUUUUGUAUGCACUCUCAUCUCAAAAACCCUCUCAUAUUCCCUUCAAUGUUGUUGCUGCUGCUCCUCAUUAUUCGGAAUAUGAAGGACCGGUAAAUAUCCUUCAAUCAAAGCUAUUUCAAUGGAGCGGUGAUGCUUCAGUGUAUGACAAGGAUGAACCUUAUAUAGAGCUUGUGACCUCUCCCAAUAACCCUGAUGGAACUAUCAGAACACCUGUGGUGAAGUCUGAUGCAGAAGGGAAUGUUGUUUAUGACUUGGCCUAUUAUUGGCCACAAUACACUCCCAUUAAUCAUGAGCUUAACCAAGAUAUUAUGCUCUUCACAUUCUCCAAAUGCACCGGUCACGCCGGUUCUCGUAUCGGGUGGGCGCUUGUGAAGGACAUUGAAAUUGCAAAGAAGAUGGUACUAUUCUUGCACCUAAGCUCCAUUGGUGUGUCAAAAGAAUCCCAAGUUCGAGCUGCUAAGAUUAUUGAAGUGAUUUGUGAUGGCCACGAAAAUUCCAAGUCCACUCCAUCAGACCGCCUCUUUUUCGAAUAUAGCAAAGAGAUGAUGAAAGAAAGGUGGGAGAAACUUAAGGCAGCUGUUGAGCAAAGCAAGGUCUUUACCUUGCCAAAGUAUCCAUCCGCCUAUUGUCACUUCACUAAGGAAAUAUCCGAGCAAUAUCCUGCUUUUGCUUGGUUGAAGUCUGUGGAGGGCAUAGAAGAUGCUGAGAGUUAUUUGGAAAAACUGAAGAUUCUUACAAGAGGAGGGAAACAAUUCGGUGUCGAUGCAGCGUAUGUUAGGAUUAGCAUGAUUGGGACAGAUGAUGAGUUCAUUGAAUUGUGUACAAGGUUGGAAAAUGCUAAAAUAGAAUGAUGUUGGACACUUCAAGAUUGUGUUAUGUAGUGACAUAUCUAGUUCGAAUUUCAAAAUAAAUCAAUACACACCAUUUUUGCUAUAAGAUAUAUAUAAUAAAGGAUGUGUGAGAUAAAGAUGGAUUCAUCUUCUUUAUGUUAUAUCUUAAGUGACAUUUUGAAAUAUAUAAGACAUUUGUCAUUAUUUCACAAUAAGGUCAAAAAAAAAUUAUCGUUGAUGUAAUCCUCUUUAAUUUAGGUUUUGGACUAUAAGAUAUUGAGAGUUAUAAUAUUUUGAUCUUU